AUCGAUGUUGUUGUUGUUGUAGUGUACAAUGCCAACUGUUAACUGCAGUUCAAAGUAAAUACACAAAGAGAAGCAACGAUUAGAGCAAAAGUGCAGCGACAGCGAUAUCUAAAAGAAAAAGAAAGAAACAAAACAAAUAAAGCUCUCGUGACAGCAACAGAAAAUAAAGGAAAAGAGAGCAACACAGUCUGCACUCAGCAGUCUCUUCUGUUAUCCAUAAAUCUUAUGGUUUGUUUAUGUUAUUAAGCAUCAGCGGAAAUAAACAAGUAAGAGAAAGAGAAAGAGAGUGAGAGGCAACAGCUACGCGACUUGCCAAAAGACGCAAUUUGUGAAUAAUUUAAUCGUGCAUUCACACGAAGACGUCAACCUCGACGUCGGCAAAUAAACCGAAUCGAAGCGAGCGUGUGAGCGAAAGCGAGAGACAGCUAGUUAAAGAGUUAAAGCAGCAACAGCAACAGCAGCAGCAGCAGCAGUAGAAAAAAAGUCGUAGGCACGACUAACGGACAACAGCAACACUAAUACAGUGACAAUUGAUGUUUGCGCGCAGUGGAAUUAGCGCUGCGCCCAAUGCGGGCAGCGGCAGAGCUGGUAGCAGUGACAGCGGUGGAGGUGGCGGAGGAGGAGGAGGGGGCGUCGCUGCUGGCAGCAUUGAACUGCUUUGUCCACCCAGCGGCAGCAGCAGUAUUAGUGGCAGUGGCAGUUUUAGCAGCGGCAGCGGCAACAACAGUACAAGCACAACGGCCACGAACAGCGCCAGUUUUAUUAGCGUCAGCGUUAGUGCGUCAACGCCGGCAUCAGCGUCAGCGUCAGCAUCGACUGCCGACUGCAGCGAAAGCAACAACAAUGCGAAUGCCAAUCGUAAUCUGAGCUUACAACUGAGCAACAACAACAGCAGCAGCAACAGCCACAACAAUAAUAAUAAUAAUUCUACUAAUGCAAAUGCAAACAACAACAACAAUCAUAAUAAUUACGGCAGCGGUGCAAAUCUAAUCAGCGGCAUCUGCACCACUAUUUGGCGCACUGCAACAUUUGGCAGUGCAGCGCCCAUCGCCAGCGUUAUGGCUAUCGCCAAUAACAGUAACAGUAACAGCAACAGUAACAGCAACGCCAGCAGCAGCAGCAACAACAGCAACAGCAGUAGCUGCGUCGGCGCCAGCAGUUAUUCAUCUAGUGCGUCCUCAAUUUCGCCCGGCGUCGUCGAUGAGGUGUGCAUUGUGGAGCAGCAGCUCAGUCAGCGAACAGUGGCCACCAACACCAACUUGCACGCAAUGCAGGACAACGAGGAGUCUCAAACAUUCCUAGGCGCCACGGAUCUGGACGAUGAGCUAAUCAAACAACUGCCAAAGGAGGUACUGCUGCGAGUCUUCUCCUACUUGGAUGUCGUCUCACUAUGCCGUUGUGCCCAGGUGUGCAAAUAUUGGAAUGUGCUCGCUCUCGACGGUUCCAGCUGGCAGAAAAUCAAUUUGUUCGAUUUUCAACGUGAUAUUGAGGGUCCUGUGAUUGAGAAUAUAUCGCAACGAUGCGGCGGCUUCCUCAAAUCCUUAUCGCUGCGUGGUUGCCAGUCCGUGGGAGAUCAGUCCAUCAAAACUCUAGCAAAUCACUGCCACAACAUCGAGCACUUGGAUCUGUCGGAGUGCAAAAAGAUCACAGAUAUAUCAGUCACGGAUAUAAGCAGAUACUGCAGCAAACUAACGGCCAUUAAUUUGGACUCGUGCUCCAACAUAACGGAUAAUAGCCUCAAAUAUAUAUCCGAUGGCUGUCCGAACCUGCUGGAGAUCAAUGCUUCCUGGUGCCAUCUGAUAUCCGAAAACGGUGUCGAAGCGUUGGCUCGCGGUUGCAUUAAACUGCGCAAGUUAAGCAGUAAAGGUUGUAAACAGAUUAACGACAAUGCCAUCAUGUGCCUGGCCAAAUACUGUCCCGAUCUAAUGGUGCUAAAUCUACACAGCUGUGAGACGAUCAGCGACUCGUCGAUCAGGCAGCUGGCUGCCAGCUGCCCCAAGCUGCAGAAGCUGUGCGUGUCCAAGUGUGUGGAAUUAACUGAUCUCUCGCUGAUGGCGCUGUCGCAGCACAAUCAGCAGCUGAAUACAUUGGAAGUGUCCGGUUGUCGCAAUUUUACGGAUAUUGGUUUUCAGGCGCUGGGACGCAACUGUAAGUACCUGGAGCGCAUGGAUUUGGAGGAGUGCAGCCAGAUAACGGAUCUAACGUUGGCCCAUCUCGCCACCGGUUGUCCCAGUCUCGAGAAACUGACGCUAUCACAUUGCGAGCUGAUAACGGAUGAUGGCAUCCGGCAUCUGACCACGGGCAGCUGUGCGGCGGAGAGCCUAUCUGUGCUGGAGCUGGACAAUUGUCCGCUGAUCACGGAUCGCACGCUGGAGCAUUUAGUGUCCUGCCACAAUCUGCAACGCAUCGAGCUCUUUGACUGCCAGCUCAUCUCACGCGCCGCCAUCCGCAAACUGAAGAAUCACCUACCAAAUAUCAAGGUGCACGCUUACUUUGCGCCUGUGACACCGCCAGCGGUGACAACCGGACACCGACCACGUUAUUGUCGCUGCUGUGAGAUUCUCUGAGAUACGGCCAUUGGCUUUCGUAGGAUAAUGCGCAAAUCGGCCACGGACUGAUGCUGGCCUGUCUCGGCAAUCGUAUUGAUUGCCAUGCUCUUGAGUCUAAUGCUCAUCUCGUUGCUGUAUUUACUCGGUCUGCUGGAUGAAGUCUAAUAAUUAAUAAUUGUCAGAACACGAAACACACGCAACAUGCAACACACUCUCAGACACACACACACCCAAACAUAACUGAAGCAAGAUUCUGAUAUCUCGAUAUAUUUUGAGCAACAACAAGAAACAAACUUGUAACGAAAUUCGUAGUUCUUAAGUGAUAUGAAUGAUGAACCCAAGCUAACUUUUAGUAUUUAGUUUGUGCGAGUUUCUAAAACUCCCCUUCAACAUUGUAAUUAUUGUGAUUAUUUUAUUUGAUAUGCUAAGGAUGUUAUUUUAACUAGGACAGGCUUUUAUCAUGUGUAUUAUUAGACAUCUGUUCUCUGUUCUUUCUGUUUCUGCCACCCCCUCUCUCUCUCUUUUCUCUUUGCUGUCAACAAUCGAUCAGUUUAGCUUUUAAAUGUACCUACUCAUGUCUGUCUGUAUGUAUGUAUGUAUACCCUAUAAUAUUUGUACACGCAUAAAAAGAAAAACACACACACACACACAACAUAACACACUGAGAAAGCUGGAAACAUGCAUGCUGAUUAUUUUUUCCUGAUUUUAAAAUAAGAGAGCAAAUUGCAUAUAGUAUAUCUAUAUACAUAUAUAUAUAUAUACAUAACUGAGAUUUUAAUGAAGUCUAAACAUGUCGAUAGAACCACAAAGCGUUCACCAAAACACACACACACACACCUACACACACUCAAAUACACACACACACUCGGACACACCUCUCAGUCACAGUGAAAAAACUUAGGCUAUAUCCCCAAUAACAGUUGCUAUAUUCGGUUUCUUUUGUUGUCAUUAUUUGUUUAGUGCCAGCUAAAACCAUAAUUAAGCAUACACUUAUAUAUAUAUAUAUAUAUAUAUAUACCUAGAACAUUUAACUUAUAGUUAUACUAACGACACAUGCAUGCAUACAUCUCUAUGUAUGUGUGGCUGCACACUAUCUCAACGAAAUCCAAAUUGUAUAUUACACCCUGAACAAAGCGACAAAAACAAACACAAAAUGAUAAACAUAACAACCAAAAAAAAAAAUAAAUAAAUAAGAUACGAAAAGAGAUAAAUAAAAAUAACCCUUCAAGUGCAAGCAAGUCUUUUACACACAAAUAAAACAAAACAAAACAAAAACCAGAUGGAUCAGCGUUUCUAAAACACAACUCUCUCAUACAAUAUAUAUACAUAUAUAUAUAGUACAUAAAAUGAAAAAAACAAA